AUGGAACAUCUACCCCGGAUCGCGCCAUCGCUUCGCAGCGUUGAGUAUACCUUCCCUUGGUCGCUGAUUCUCUUCCUGCAGAGCACACCGUCAAAAAAUGUGUUGAGCGCUUUCCAGGCCGACUGCGAGAGUCGCGGUGUGGCCUGGUGCAGCGCUGAGGCCCAGAAGCUCGCUGUGGAGUGGUUUGUGCAGCACCCCGUUGUGAAGAAGUACCCUCCACGUCGUCGUAUGGUGCGAGCCUUGCUCAAGGCGUACAUCACCUCUGUGGAGGAGCAGUGUGCUGCAAACUACGCGCUGCUGCCCACACCGAGCGAGGACCCCGUGCAGGUGGAGUUACUCGAGGAGUUCAUUCGGCUGAGCGUUCUCGGGGAUGGCAGUGAGCCGGAACUUUGCUUCAAGACGUUCUACAAUCCGUUUGUUAGUGCGCCAGAUACCCCUUUCAUCCCGAGCGCGCCUGCUGCCCCUGCACCACCACUCGCUGGUCCGUCCAUGCCACUGUCUGCGAUCCCGACGGUGGCGAACUCAUCGCCGUCCCAGGCGCACCCUGUCUCUCCUGGUGCUUCACCACAUUCCUCGCUGCCGCCUGAGAUGCACACGAACAGCGCUCCGCAGUCUACGCACCCCCAUAGCGAACCCGCCCAUGUCCUUUCGCCCAGUUCUCUGCCACCGUGUAUCGUACACAGUGAUUGGUCGGAGGAGCUUCUGCCCUUGGCGUCUGUGCGCUCUCCCCCCACAUCGCCGUCGAAGCGGUUGCCGGGACAUCACCAGCAACCGCUGUCAUUGCACUCAUCACCACAAACGCCAGCCUCUGAUGCCGCUACUACUGCCACUGCGAGGGUGCUUGACCAGUUCAGCGCCAUUCGUGUCUCCAGCGAGCAGUUCUCCAACGUGGGGCUCUCUCUCUGGCCAGCAGCCUUCGUCAUGGUUCAGCUGCUCACCCAGGAACUGGAAGGGCAGACGCACAUGCUGGCGGACGUUCUCGGCCUCCCGCGCGCAAGCAGUGGAAUGAGCAGAAGUGAGUCCUCGGCGCCGCUCCUGACAGCUCCAAACGGCCUGCACCCACUCACCAUGCCGGCCUCAGUGUCGCCAAGUCCUCUGCCAAACCGAAGUCUGUGCAGCAACAGCAGCGUAACGAAACAUUACAGCAGCCAGCUGCGCAUCGUAGAGCUUGGCGCGGGGGCCUGCCUCACGCCAGUGUAUCUGCACCACAUGGAGGGUUACAAGCAGCACGUCGCGUCCUUCCUCGCCACGGACUACCAGGAGGACAUCGUAGACAACAUGCAUUUCAACAUGGCGGAAAAUGGUAUCCAUCUUGUCUCCGACUCCCUGGCAGCCGAGCGUGGGCUGAAGGGGGAUCAGACGCCACCGCUUCAUCGCGUGGCGCUGCUGGACUGGAUGAAUCACGACGACAACGAGGGUCUGUUCAUGGAGAACGAGGCGGAUGUGAUCCUCGCGGCCGACUGUAUCUACGACGCCGACGUCAUUCCUGCACUAGUCGACACAAUCCACCUGGCCCUUACUGCGCGCGGCAGCGCGUUGCACAUGGCGGACACGCCGCAGCCGUCGUCGUCUGCGAAAGGUGACGGCAGCGCUGCGACAGUCGGCACUCUGCAAAGGCAGCGCUGCUGCAUCGUUGUGCAGACGCAUCGACAAAAUGCCACCAUGCAGAAGUUCUUCUCCGCGGUGCGCACGUUUGGGGAAGUGCGCAGCUACACCCUUGUCCGUCAAGUGGUCGGGUCGCUGCGCCUCAGCGAAGACCACAGCGGUAGCGACGGCGGCUGUGUCCCGCUUGGCGGCUGGGACCGAGAGACGCUGCUGCUCAAUCCUGACCAGAUUGUCUGCGCGUUGAUGCCGGACGUCAUCCUCGAGGACGGGUCUAUGCGCUCUGUUAGCCACCGGCUGCAUAACAGCUGUACAAGCGGGGAGGCCACGACGGCAGCUGACCGAUCCACCUCCUACUCACCGCCUACCACACCGCAUGGCACGUCGCUCGACACGUCGGGAAUCACCAGUGCCAUCAAGGGCCUUCCCACAGCGUUGCAGUCGAGCAAGUCAAACCACAGCGUAGAUUCGCACGUGUCGAUUACUCGUAGCACAUCCUCGGCUGCCACCCCGGAGGCGGUCGAUGCGUUACUCGCGGAUGAAAUGAUUGGCCCCUUCUACACGUCGAUGGCAGGGCUAAUUGGCGUGCACGUCGUUACCUUGAAGCCGAUCAAGGUGGCUCAGUAG